CCGCGAGAUACCUCUCUCUCCCCGUGCAGCGAACCCUAGCGCUCUCACCCUCUCAGCCCCGCACUUCCUCCUGGAUCUCGAUGCGCCGCCGUCCCCAACCCCACUCCCUCCCUCUGGAUCUCGACGCGCCGCCGCCCCCACCCCACUCCCUCCCAUGCUGUCCACCGGCGUUCCCCUCACACUCUCACCGCUCGGCCCUCUCAUCCGCCUCCCGUCCUCUCGGCCGCGGCGCCCUCCCCAUCGCUAUCCCCCAACCCCGGCAGCGACCUCAACAGCCAGAUACCACUCACGCUCCUCAUCGUCCUCCUCGACCUGCUCCUCCCGCCCGCGCUCCUCUCCAACUUCCUCCGCGCCGGCGUCCACCACGCCUCCGCACAUAGCGUCCUCGCCCAGGCCAGGGGCUUCCACUUCCGCUCCUCCCUCGUCGACCUCCGCCCGUGUCCGCCGCCCGCUCCCUCCUCAUCCUCUGCGCGUACACGGCAUGCGGGGGCGGCGCGGCGUACCUGUGGGUGGCGGCGGCCUGCAGUGUCGGCUCCCUCUUCUACGUCCUCGCCAAGGCCGUCGGCAGAUCGGCCGUGCGUAUGAAUCCGUCAAGGCGGAGCAGCGGGUGGGGGAGCGAAAUCAGGCGAUGGCCAGCAAGUCCAGGCAGGUUCCGACCGUGGUCGCCCUCGUACGUCAGUCGGCGGCAUCGGAGCGGUGUCGGAGCCAAGUGUUGGGCAUGUCGCCGAGACUGACCAAGAUGCCGCGACUGCAAGUGCUGGGCAUGUCGCCGAGAAGACCAACAAGCAGUACUAGCUCUGAGUUCCCAAAAUGCCUGACUCCAACGGCAACGGCAUGCACCACAAGGAGGAUGAUGGCCUCUUCACUGACUCCGGCCCCGUCCUCCCCGACUCCUGGUCGUGGCCCUGUGCACGAUAUCGCCCUCCCUCUUCUACUUCUACUACCUACUGUUACUGCUGUUGCCGAUUGGUCUAUGCACGGUGGGUAAUCCAUCAAUGUUUAUUUGCUACUGCCUGAGCUCUGUUUCUCUGCA